AUGGCGACCGUGACCGUUUCGUGCGCAUUACAUAGUAUCGGUGAUCGACAUGUUUGUAAUUUCAGGUAUCAGUUGGUAUUUGCGGCUAUAGACUUCAUGCUGUCGUUGGGAGUUCUGACGUUUGUGCUGUGCGCGUGGAUGUCGUAUACGACGCUGGCAGUGGUGCUGCGUCGCAGAGCAAGGCGAAGGGGUCGCCAAGCCCUGCGCGGCAAAACCGUACUUAUCACUGGCGCCAGUUCAGGGCUGGGCAUGGCGCUGGCUUGUCGCUUCUAUGGUCUUGGCUGCAAGGUGCUACUUGCAGCCAGAAACGUAGACAAGUUACAAAAGCUGAGGGAUGAAUUGAUGUCCGCAACGGCGGUGUCGACCGAUGAUCACUCUAAGUCACCUGAGCCGUUGUGCUAUUACCUGGACUUGAGCAGACCAGACUCAGUAUUAGAUACCUGUCGAAAAAUCCUCGCUGAGAAUGAGAACGUCGAUGUUGUGGUGAAUAACGCCGGCGUCUCGGUCCGGGCCAACUGUUUGGAUACAACGCUGGAUGUGCACCGCUACAUGAUGGAAGUGAACUACUUCGGUCACGUGGCGCUAACCCAGGCUAUGACCGAACAUAUGGUCGGCCGCCGACCGAGCAGUGACAGCCGAGAUAUCCGGGGACGGUUCAUAUGCAUUGGUAGUGUCCAAGGCUUGUUCUCUAUUCCUCACCGUAGCGCGUACGCCGCUUCUAAGCACGCCUUUCAGGCCUACUUUGACUGCUUUCGAGCCGAGAUGACCACCGAUAAUAUCCAUGUAUUGUUCGUGUCCCCCGGCUAUAUAAAGACCAAUCUGUCGGCAAAUGCGCUGACUGGCGACGGCGGUAAGUAUAACAAAGUGGACAGCGGUGAAGAGCACGGCGCCGACCCGGACGUUGUGGCCAGUAGAGUCAUCGAUGCCUUCUUAGAUGACAAAGAGGAAUUGAUCGUAGCACCGGCUAUCGCUAAGGUUGCCAUGUACAUGCGCUAUCUGCUUCCUCACUACUUCUUCAAGGUGAUGGCCAGACGGGCUUUGAAAGAAGAAAAGAAAACCACCUGA